GGUGGUAGGUAGUACAAGUCAACAACAACAUUUACACUUUCUUAUUCUACAUCUUCUUCUUCUUCUUCAGGAACUUGUUGCUCACAGUGGAAGUUGAACUCGAUCAAUAAUGGAGAACGAGAGAAAGAGAUUAAUGGAGGAGGAAUGGAACUCCAUGUUUCCAACUGGUCAUCAACUCUCUCGUGCUCAUUUCCCGCCCAAUUUCCUCUUCGGUGUCGCCACUUCUGCUUAUCAGGUUGAAGGCGCUGCCAAUGAGGGCGGUAGGGGUCCUUGUAUAUGGGAUGCUUUCACACACACAGAAGGCAAGAUAAAAGAUGGGAAAGGCGGAAAUAUAGCAGUAGAUCAGUACCAUCGUUACAAGGAAGAUGUUGACCUUAUUGCCAAAUUGGGUUUCAGUGCUUACCGAUUUUCUAUAUCCUGGUCUCGUAUCUAUCCAGAUGGGCUGGGAACCAAAGUCAACAAGGAAGGGAUCAUGUAUUACAACAAUCUUAUAAACUACCUUCUUGAAAAGGGAAUUGAGCCGUGUGUAACAUUAUACCAUUGGGAUAUUCCAUUGCAUCUUGAUGAGUCAAUGGGAGGAUGGUUAAGUGACUCAGUAGUAAAGUAUUUCGCUAUCUAUGCCGAAACUUGCUUUGCAAGUUUUGGUGAUAGAGUGAAGAAGUGGAUUACAAUCAACGAGCCCCUUCAGACGGCAGUAAAUGGAUAUUUUACCGGUGUAUUUGCACCCGGAAAAUGUGACCAUCAGUCAGCUGAACCAUAUUUGGCUGCCCACCACCAGCUUUUGGCCCAUGCAGAAGCAGUUUCAAUAUAUAGAACAAAAUUUAAGGAUCUGCAAGGUGGAGAAAUAGGAUUGGUUGUUGAUUGUGAAUGGGCAGAGGCCUUAACAGAUAAAGAAGAAGAUAUAGCUGCUGCAGCAAGGCGUAUUGACUUUCAGCUUGGAUGGUACUUGGAUCCAAUAUUUUUUGGAGAAUAUCCUAAAUCUAUGCAGGAGAGGGUUGGAGACAAGCUUCCAGUAUUUUCCCAGAAAGAUAAAGAAUUACUAAGAAACUCAUUGGAUUUUGUUGGCUUGAAUCACUAUACAUCAAGAUUUGUGUCACAUUGGACAAAUAAAGCAGAAAAUAAUUAUUAUAGAGUACAAGAGGCAACAAGAAUAGAUGUAUGGGAAAACGGAGCAAUUGGUGAAAAGGCAGCAUCACCAUGGCUAUAUGUUGUUCCAUGGGGUCUCCGGAAAGUUCUUAAGUACGUAGCUCAAAAGUACAAUAAUCCGCCAAUAUACAUUACUGAAAAUGGUAUGGACGAUGAAGACAACGAUGCAUCUCUUCUACAUGAAAUGUUGGAUGACAAACUGAGAGUUACUUACUUUAAGGGAUAUCUUGCUUCUGUUUCUCUGGCUAUCAAGGAAGGAGUGGAUGUGAGGGGAUACUUUGCAUGGUCAUUAGUGGAUAAUUUUGAGUGGGCUCAAGGUUAUACAAAGCGGUUCGGUUUGAUAUAUGUUGAUUACAAGAACGGUCUCACUCGUCAUCCAAAAUCGUCUGCAUAUUGGUUCUUGAAAUUCCUGAGAGGCGAAGAGGGGAAAAAUGGCAAAGAAGACUAACCGAAACAUAUAAACAUCAUUUGUGAUCCAUUUUUUGGAUAUAAACACAAUCAAAGUAUGAUAUUUAAAUACGUCUCAAAGUUCAUCGACUAAUGUUGUACCUUUAGAGAUGCGUAAGAGUUGUUUGCGAGUAGUUGCUUCAAUGGAUGUGUUAACCAAUUUUAAUGGUAGAAUUGAUUUGUAGAUUAACGUGAUGCAGUGUCUUUAUGAUAUACAGAUGUUAUCCUGACUUA